AUGUCUUUCAACCAAGGAGGUCCACGGGGAGGCAUACCCCCUGCCCAAAACUACCGUGCCACCAACUUAAGAUCCCCACCCACUCAGCCUGUCAUACCACCGUACCACUACGAUCCGCAAGCUCCGCCUGCGCCCGCUUACCACGGAAACAGCAGUGGUUUCGUACCACCGCAUUCUGAUUUCAUGUCAUUCCCGCCGCCGCCACCACCGGCGCCUCCUGUCACGCCGAGCUCUCUUCACCCGUGUCCGGUGCGUCCACCCUUCGCCAAGCCGCCUGUGCAGGGCUUCCCUGACCCGCCGCCUAGCUUUCCGCCUCCCCCUUUGCCGGGCGUCCCCGCCGUACCCUCGCAAAUGCCUCCAAACACCUACCACCCCUACAUGGUGCCCCCGCCCCCAUUCCCCCACCCUACCAUGCCUCCCCCAAUGCCGUCCCAAUCUAUGACUUACCCCCCUCCUUACCACAUGGGUUACCCUCAACCACCACACCCUCCGUUCCCUCCCCCCGCCUUCAGCCCAGGAUACACCCAGAGCCCUGGGUCGUUCAAACCCGAGCAGCACUUCCACCACAGGGAGCACUACAAAUACGAGAAGCCCAGCGACGAGGGCAGGCGCUCCCCUGAUAGAGGAUAUCGCCACGAUGAUCACCGGAAGAGGGGCUACAGCGGACACGGAGACAGGCACCGCACGGAUGUUUCCGGAGACCGGAAGGACCGGGGGAGGAGUCCGGACAGGCGCGGCAGGACCGAGGGCAGGUACAGGUCUGAAUAUGACAGAGGACGCUCCCCAUCGCACCGGAGCCGAGAUCGCAGCAGAGAGCGGUAUCGACACCGAGAGAGCCGAAAAUCCCCGUCGCCUGAUCGACACCGAAAGAGACCUCGCAGUCGCUCGACCAGCCGGGACAGAAAGCGCAGCCGUUGGGAAGAUGAUCGAGAUCGCCGGUCCGAGUCCUCCUCAGCUCCGAGCAGAGACCGCGGGUAUUCUUCCGGCCGGAGCAGAGAUUCCGAGGAGUGCUCCGCUAGUGGUGAGAGAGAGCGAGGAGAAACUGAAAGGGAAAAGGAAGAGGAAGAUGAGGACGACAUGCUGAAGCCCGCCUGGAUUCGCUGCACUCAUGCUGAGAACUUCUACUCCAACGACCCGAUGGAUCAAGUGGGAGAUUCCACUGUUGUCGGAACGAGUAAACUGCGAGAUCUCUACGAGCGCUUUGAGGACGAGCUGGGAAAAAGGCAGGAGAGAGCCAAGGAGUCUCGACCCAAGUGGGAACCGCCCAAGACUAAACUGGACGAAGACCCCGGUGACAGCAGUAGUGAGUCGGAAUGUGAGUCGGACGACGAGGAAAGCUCUUGCUCCAGUGGCUCGGACUCUGAGUUGUUCGAUGUGAUUGCCGAGAUCAAGAGGAAGAAAGCGCAUCCGGAUCGACUUCAUGAUGAGUUGUGGUACAAUGACCCGGGACAGAUGAACGAUGGCCCCCUAUGUAAGUGCAGUGCCAAGGCUCGGCGUACUGGCAUCCGCCACAGUAUUUAUCCAGGAGAGGAGCCUGUCAAAGAAUGUCGUGGAAUGAACAAUAACGCAGGGAAAUUGUUCCACUAUCGGAUCACGGUGUCUCCACCCACCAACUUCCUGACCGACCGUCCCACUGUCAUCGAAUACGACGACCACGAAUACCUUUUCGAAGGCUUCUCAGUAUUCUCCCACACUCCUCUCACCAAUAUUCCAUUGUGCCGGGUGAUCCGCUUCAACAUAGAUUACACCAUCCACUUCAUAGAGGAGAUGGCGCCCGAGAACUACUGUGUACGAGGCCUGGAGUUGUUCGCUUCAUACCUUUUCCAGGAUAUUCUGGAGCUGUACGACUGGAACCUCGCAGGCUUUGAUUCCGAAAACAACGCCACCGGAUGCCAACGCUUCCACUUCAUGCCUCGUUUUGUUCGAUUCCUACCCGAUGGUGGUAAGGAAGUGCUAUCCAUGCACCAGGUGCUGCUUUACCUCCUGCGCAGCAGCAAGCCGCUGGUCCCCGAGGAGGAGAUCGCCGACAUGCUGCAGUGGGAGGAGCUGGAGUGGCAGAAGUACGCGGAAGAGUGCAAGGGCAUGAUCGUCACCAACCCGGGCUCGAAACCGAGCUCGGUACGGAUCGACCAGCUGGACCGGGAGCAGUUCAACCCAGACGUCAUCACCUUCCCCAUCAUCGUUCAUUUCGGGAUAAGGCCUGCCCAGCUGAGCUACGCCGGAGACCCGCAGUACCAGAAGCUGUGGAAGAGCUACGUGAAACUGCGCCACCUCCUGGCUAACAGUCCCAAGGUCAAGCAACUGGAUAAGCAGAAGCUAACGCAAAGAGAGGAAGCGCUUCAGAAGAUCCGUCAGAAGAACACCAUGCGCCGCGAGGUGACCGUGGAGCUCAGCAGUCAAGGAUUUUGGAAGACUGGCAUCCGCUCGGAUGUUUGUCAGCACGCCAUGAUGCUGCCCGUCCUCACCCAUCACAUCCGCUACCACCAGUGCCUCAUGCACCUGGACAAGCUGAUUGGCUACGUCUUCAAGGAGCGCUGCCUGUUGCAGCUCGCCAUGACUCACCCCAGUCACCAUCUCAACUUCGGGAUGAACCCCGACCACGCCCGCAACUCACUGUCCAACUGCGGUAUCCGUCAACCGAAAUACGGAGAUAGAAAGGUUCACCACAUGUACAUGCGGAAGAAAGGAAUCAACACUUUGAUUAACAUCAUGUCCCGCCUGGGCCAAGAUGACCCUUCCCCCUCCAGGAUCAAUCACAACGAGAGGUUGGAGUUCCUGGGCGACGCUGUCGUGGAGUUCCUCACCAGUGUGCACUUGUACUACCUAUUCCCCACUUUGGAAGAAGGCGGCUUGGCCACCUACAGAACUGCCAUCGUGCAGAACCAACACCUAGCAAUGCUUGCUAAGAAACUGGAGUUGGAUCGAUUCAUGCUUUACGCUCACGGGCCGGACUUGUGUCGGGAGUCGGACCUGCGGCACGCCAUGGCUAACUGCUUCGAGGCCCUCAUUGGUGCCGUUUAUUUGGAAGGCGGUUUGGACGAAGCCCGCCAGCUCUUCGGGCGCCUUCUCUUCAACGGCCAGGACCUGCGGGACGUUUGGCUCCACUAUCCGCCACACCCUCUGCAGGUCCAGGAACCUCAGACGGACCGACAACUGAUCGAGACGUCACCCGUCCUACAGAAACUGACCAGCUUCGAGGACUCCAUCGGCGUUCUGUUUACGCACGUUCGCUUGCUAGCCCGGGCCUUCACGUUGAGGACGGUUGGCUUCAACCACCUCACGCUGGGCCAUAACCAACGGAUGGAGUUCCUGGGGGAUUCCAUAAUGCAGCUAGUGGCUACAGAGUAUCUCUUCAUUCACUUUCCGGACCACCAUGAGGGACAUUUAACGCUUCUGCGCAGCUCGUUGGUCAACAACCGCACGCAGGCCAAAGUAGCGGAGGAGUUGGGCAUGCAGGAGUUCGCCAUCACUAACGACAAAACCAAACGACCCGUGGCGCUCCGGACGAAGACUUUAGCCGACCUGCUGGAGUCUUUCAUUGCGGCGCUCUACAUUGAUAAGGACCUGGAAUUCGUGCACACCUUCAUGAACGUCUGCUUCUUCCCCCGACUGAAGGAGUUUAUCCUCAACCAGGAUUGGAACGACCCCAAGUCACAGUUGCAGCAGUGCUGCCUGACGCUGAGGACAGAGGGCAAGGAGCCUGAUAUUCCGCUCUACAAGACGCUGCAGACAGUCGGACCUUCGCAUGCGCGUACUUACACUGUCGCCGUCUACUUCAAGGGCGAACGCAUCGGCUGUGGCAAAGGCCCCAGCAUCCAGCAGGCGGAGAUGGGAGCUGCUAUGGACGCGCUUGACAAAUAUAACUUCCCGCAGAUGGCCCAUCAGAAGCGCUUCAUCGAGCGCAAGUACCGGCAGGAGCUGAAGGAGAUGAGACGCGAGCGGGAACGCCAGGACAAGGACGGCGAUGAGCUCAAAGACGGCAGGAAGUGA